GCAUCUGAUAAGAAAGCAUCCGAGGGGCGUGGAACCGAGGGGCCUAUGGAUCCUUCUUCCAGAAAACACAGAGUCCGCCGGGGACCCCCAGUUCUUACUGGGACUAGAGAGGCAGGGAUCUCCCGUUCUGGAACUCCGGUCCGGCGAGUGGGUGUGUCCGCUUCCGCCCGCUGGCCUUCAGAUGAAGCAGAGCGCCAGGAAGCGGUACUUUGUUCCCCAAAUGGGUUUUGUAUGCGCGCCAUCCCAGCGCUAUAAGUACAACUUUGCAGCCAGGGCGCCGGGCAGCUGGGUUGGGGUCCGGGGGGAAGGGCGGGUCCUGCCCGCAGCUCUCGCAUAGCUUGGCGGCUGGGCCAGCGGAGUUCCCACGGGUCGUGGGCGGCGGUGCGAUUAGCUCCGUCUGGGUCCCCGGCUGCUGGCGACGCUCCGGGAAGCCCGCCCUCGCCCCUGAUUCUCCUCUUGGCGGCUUCGGGGGCUAGAAUUCAUCAGGAACCAAGCCCAAAACUUUCCCUCGAGCCCCGCGUUCCUUUUGUCUUUCUUGGCGGCGGCGGAGACGCCUUAGCUGCAAUCCUUUGCCCUGGCCUCGCUCACCGGUACCCUAGAAGGAUCGGGACUCCGCGCGUCCGAUGGCGGCGGCCGCGUCCCCCAGAUGCGCGAGUCAGGGCGCCCGCACCCCGGCCUGACUCAUCUUCCCUUGGUGACCGCACAGCGUCCUCAGCCGGAGCCCCACGGGGAUGGGGAGUGAGACCGUGGCUGCCCGCAGCUGCCCAGAUUCCUUCUGACGCCCCCGACCCCGCCGCCUCCCCCGCUGGUCGUCUCCGGAGGCGCACGCUGUCGCGACAGCUGUGAGAGCGAAGAGCCCGAAGAGGCCACCGGAGCCCGAGACCCGGCGCUCAGGACAGAGCACAAGAGGAAACUAUGAUAGCCACUGGUGGGGUCAUCACCGGCCUGGCGGCCUUGAAGCGGCAGGACUCCGCCAGGUCCCAACAACACAUCAACCUCAGCCCGCUGCCUGCUACCCAGGAUCAGAAACCCGUCAGACGGCGCCCACGAGCUGAUGUUGUGGUGGUCCGUGGGAAAAUCCGACUUUAUUCUCCAUCUGGCUUUUUCCUCAUUCUGGGAGUGCUGGUGUCCAUCAUAGGAAUCGCCAUGGCAGUCCUUGGAUAUUGGCCCCAGAAGGAGCACUUCAUUGAUGCGGAGACCACGCUUUCCACCAAUGAGACCCAAGUGGUUCGGAACCAGGGCGGUGUGGUGGUGCGCUUCUUUGAGCAGCAUCUACACUCCGAUAAGAUGAAGAUGCUUGGCCCGUUCACCAUGGGCAUUGGCAUCUUCAUCUUCAUCUGCGCCAAUGCCAUUCUUCAUGAGAACCGCGACAAAGAAACCAAAAUCAUCCACAUGAGGGAUAUCUAUUCCACAGUCAUCGACAUCCACUCGCUGAGACUCAAGGAGCAGAAGCAGGCAAAUGGCCUGUACGCAGGCUUCCUGGGAGACACCGAAGUGAAGCAGAACGGCAGCCCCUGUGCAUCCAGGCUGGCUGCCACCACCUUGGCUUCCUUCUCGGGGAUGCGGAACAGCUUUCGGGUGGACAGCUCUGUGGAGGAGGAUGAGCUGAUGUUGACUGAAAGUAAGAGCCUGGGGCACCUCAUGCCCCCGUUGCUAUCUGACAGUGCAGUCUCUGUCUUUGGCCUUUAUCCACCUCCAGCCAAGGCCACCGAUGACAAGGCCAGCAGCUCCAAGAAGUGUGACACCAAAUCGAUCGUGUCAUCAUCCAUCAGUGCUUUCACACUCCCUGUGAUCAAACUUAAUAAUUGUGUCAUUGACGAGCCCAGUAUAGACAGCAUCACUGAGGUCGCAGACAACCUCAAAACUAGGUCCAGGAAUCUUUCCAUGGAUUCUCUCGUGGUCCCACUGCCAAGCUCUGGCGAGUCCUUCCAGCCUGCCGUCACAUUACUCCCAAGGAACAACUCCGUUGGGGAGUCGCUAUCGAGUCAAUACAAGUCCUCUGUGGCUCUGGGACCCGGGACUGGACAGCUCUUGUCUCCAGGAGCUGCAAGAAGACAGUUUGGCUCCAACACAUCCUUACACUUGCUCUCUUCUCACUCUAAAUCCCUAGACUUAGACCGAGGUCCUUCCACACUCACUGUGCACGCAGAACAAAGGAAGCACCCGAGCUGGCCCCGGUUGGAUCGGAGCAACAGCAAAGGGUAUAUGAGACUGGAGAACAAAGAGGACCCGAUGGAUCGGUUGCUCGUUCCCCAAACAGCAAUCAAAAAAGACUUUACGAAUAAAGAGAAACUCCUCAUGAUCUCCAGGUCUCAUAACAACUUGAGUUUUGAACAUGAUGAGUUUUUGAGUAACAACUUGAAGCGAGGAACUUCUGAGACGAGGUUUUAGUGUAUAAAAAUAGACCAUUUUCCUUAGAGGUAUAUACUACUUUAGCCAGUGUUUGCCUCCUGAAAGCAUUGGUUGCAAGCCUUUUAAAAUCAAAUGUCAGCGUGUUAGAAAUGGUUGGUUAACUCUGUAAUGAAGAUGGCUGUAUGUACUGGCUCCUAUUCCCCGCAGAGCUGUAGAUUAUCAUGUGAGAUUUUUGUUUUCUCACUCUCUGAAAGCAUGGUUUCUUUUGUUGACAUAGAUGCAAACUACCUGCAUUCAUAUUAAGAACUUGGCUUUACUUUCAAAUCCUGUUAUCGAUGAUCAUCUUCAUAGAGGGAAGUUGCCAAUACAGAAAGUGCGAAGUACCAAAGUGUGGACAGGAGUGUUAAACUCAGGUCCAAUACUCAACAGACAGAUUUAUAAAUGAGGGGGAGUGCAGUCUUAAGAUGGGAUUUUCUGAAUUGUUUUAUUCAGGAUUGCUUACAUUAAUUAAUGGGAGAACUCAUUUCUGUUACAUCAGUUGUGAAUAUAUAUAUAUAUAUAUAUAUAUAUAUAUAUCACAUCAGUUUUGCUAGGGCGAUAUUUUAAUGAAAAAAAAAACUGGUGGAGAAUUCCAUGGUUUAGAUAUUAAAUAGCAAAAAGCUACUAGUUGUAACUUUAGAGCCUCAGAAUCAAACAUUUUCUCUGCAAAGUGAUGUGAAAAGUGAAUGAGCUAGUGUAGUUUGUAGACUUUCUGUCCUGACAUGCGCAGAGAGAACGCCACCUAAUGAGCAAAGAUACUAUUAUUUACAUCUAACAUCUAGUCACUUGCUGUUGUCCAGAAUUCACUUAAUUAUUAUUAUUAUUAUUAUUAUUAUUAUUAUUAUUAUUUUAUCUAAAAAAUAAUCAGCUAACCUCAGCAUUUCUUCAUAUCUCCACAUGCCACCAGCUUGGUGGUUAAAAAAAAAAUUAGCACUUGAUAAACUGUCUUGUGAUUUACCCUGUGCUGGAAAGCCUUCCACUAACUCCAAAGACUCUCUCCUGGUUGGACAAGGUUUGAGGGUUGUGGUUCUCAAAUAUAUUAAAUUGUCAAAGGCAGUAAACACUAAAGUGAAUGUUUCCAUUAGACACCUUUCUCACUUCCAUGAAGGUAACGUGGUUUUAUGAAUCACUUAGUGGGGUCCUAGAAGAGCGUCUCAGCAAUUAGGAGCAUUGGCUGUUCUUGGAGAGAAUUCUGAUCUUGUUCCCUGCCCCCACAUGGUGGCUCACAGUCACCUGUAACUCCAGUUUCAGGGGAUCUAACACUCUCUUCUGGCCUCUGUGAGCACCAGGCAUGCAUAUGGUGCACUUACACACACAUAGGCACUUAGACACAUACAAUAAAAUCUUUAUUUACAAAAGUCUAAUGGAAUACUCAGGAAAUUUUGCUGGUUUUUCCCAAAGCCUAAACAUUUGUGAACAUUCCUAUUGCAGUCACUAGAAGGAACAGGAAGGACACCUUUGUAAGAGUUGCAUCCGAGAAUCCCAACCUGUGUUUACACAGGCAUCUUCCUUCUGGAGAGGCACCCUGCUUCGUAGAAGCUCAAGCCUGUGUGUUAUAAUAGACUAAACUCAAUAUUUUACUAUAAAACAUUUAAUAAAUGUCUGUUACUCCUAGAAAUGUAUGUUCUUCAUACCUUUGCUAUCAUUUUCUUUUUAAAAUAAAAUGUACAUUUCUGUUUUAAA